AUGGUCCAUGGCGAGAGCGAAAAUGUAAAAACCGAGACUUACACACAUGAUCGCUCUAGCAAAUAUCGUAAAGUGAACUUGAACAAACACGAUGAAGAAAAGGAUUUGAAGAUAUUAUCCGACUUUGAUCAUUUUAGAUCGGACAAAAUCACAGACCUUAAUUUACUUAAGAAAUAUGCCAAUAUUAUAGCUUACAUUAACACCCUAACCCCUGUACUACACUCACUCAAGUCGGAAUUCAACAUAGAUUAUACCAUGGCCUCAUGCUGGCAGAAGAAUAUACCUAUUAAAAUAGAACCAGUGACAGCAACAGAAAAGAGGAAUAAGACGGAGCCGAAUGAUGAAUUUCUGGAGCCUCUAAAUCGUUGGUGGGAGAGUGUAACAGAUCUUGAGAGCGAAUUAAAAUGGAAUUACCUUGAACACAGGGGAUUACAAUUUGCCGAACUCUACGAACCUCAUGGCAUUAGCAUACUUUUUAACGGCAAAGAAUUAAAAUUAAACUCAGAAGCGGAGGAAAUCGCCACCAUGUGGUGUACUACAUUAGGCACGGAAUAUGAAAACAAGCCCAUAUUCAGGAAAAAUUUUUGGAAAACAUUCAAAUCAAAAUUCCCAACUUUACACCCUAUAAAGAAGGCUAAGUUAGAGUCCUGCGACUUUACAGCUAUCAAAAAUUAUCUGGAUAAUAAGAAGCUUAAAGCAGCACAGGAUUUGGAAAAUGAUCGGGAGAGUGUAUUAGCGGAGAAGGAAGCGCUUAAAAGGGCUAAGAAGGAAUUGGAACUUCCCUUUACAUACGCCUUGGUGGAUAACAUAAGGGAGAAAGUCUCCGGCUUUAAGGUGGAACCUCCUGGUCUUUUUAGGGGCAGAGGUGAACACCCAAAGCAAGGACUAUGGAAGCAACGCAUAAUACCCACUGAUGUUAAAAUUAACAUUGCCAAGACUGCCCCGGUGCCAAAGGCAAUAUAUCCACUAAAUGGAUAUUGCUGGAACGAUGUAGUUCACGAAAAUUCACUAACUUGGCUCGCCUAUUACAAGGAUACCAUCCAAGAUCAGAUUAAAUAUAUGUACCUCUCAGCUCAAUCCAAAUUUAAGGGCUUAAAUGACUUUCUAAAGUAUGAGAAAGCUAGGAGACUCAAGACUUGUAUCACAAAUAUACGUGAUGGAUAUCGUCAAAAAUUGAGGUCUGAUGAUCUGGUUGAUAAACAACUAGGCACAGCCACUUACUUGAUCGAUUUUCUAGCGUUGAGGGUCGGCAGUGAAAAGGAUACAGAUGAAGAGGCAGAUACAGUGGGUUGUUGCUCACUACGCGUGGAACAUAUAACUUUUGACAAACUAACAGACACCAUAAAUCUGGACUUUUUGGGCAAAGAUUCGAUUAGAUACACCAAUUCUGUCAAAGUGGAUCACUACGCGUUUACUAAUUUGAUGGAGUUUUGCAAGGACAAGAAACCUGAUGAAGACAUUUUUGACAAAAUAUCAACUGCAAAGUUAAAUGAUUACCUGAAGGAACUACUGCCUGGGCUGUCUGCCAAGGUCUUCAGGACCUACAAUGCAUCUGCUACUCUAGAGGCAUGCUUGGACUUGUUGAAAUUGGAGGAGGGUACCCUUGUGGCCACUGUAAAGGAUGAGGGCAAUGAAGUUUUGUCUGUUAACUGCGGCAGUGUGGACGAACUUCUGCAUUACUACAAUCAUGCCAACAGACGAGUUGCCAUAUUAUGCAAUCACCAAAGGACAGUACCAAAGCUGCACCAAGCUACGCAGAAGAAAAUGAUGCUAAAAGAGAAUAUACUAGAGGAGGAUUUGAAAAUGUGCAAAGAUUACAUUAAGCACUUGAAUGAGGGGAGUAAGAAGUCCUUUUGCAUGACACCAAAGUUAAAUGACCUGAAGGGCAAUCCCAGGAAGGCGCCGUUUAAGGAGGGGGCCAAGGUAGAGGCACUGGAGAAGAAGGUUGAAAACAUAAAAAAGAAUAUUUCCAAACUUAAGCUUAAGAUUAAAAUACACGACGAUAAUAAGACAGUGGCCCUUGGAACUUCUAAGAUCAAUUACAUGGAUCCUAGGAUCACUAUUGCAUUCUGCAAAAAAUUCGAGAUACCAAUUGAGAAGGUUUUUAAUAGGACCCUUCGUAUGAAAUUCCCUUGGGCUAUGCACACUAGAACCAACUUUAGGUUUUAA